GUUUUGCCGCCCAUACUUACAGGCCGCUAGCUCUCGGCUUCGGCGCUUUUUCUGGGGUCCUAGAGACGGUUUUUAGGCUGCCUUAUCCAUCAAUAUAAUGACCCCAGGAAUCCUCACGACCUGCGCCGCGUGCGCUGUUCCCAUUCCAUACACUGCCCCGCGAUGCAGCAAGUGCCACACGCGCUACUGCGGGCAGGCGUGCCAGACGCAGCACUGGAACACGGGCGGUCACAAUCGGCCCCUGUGCAAGCGCAUCAAGCGCGCCGGCGGCGCUGAGAAGUUUCACGCGAACCAAAAAUACGACGAGGCCGUCGCGGAGGCCGUCGAAAAAUGCGCCUUCCACGGCGCGCUCGUCGCCCAGGCUACGGGAUACGUUCCGGAGGGCGCGACGUGCUACAUCUGCACGGAAGCUGUCGUGCAACGCACGGGAGAGGGCUUAGUUAACGGAUUCUGCGCGUGUGGAGACCGCGAUGGCGUCGAUGCCGGGGCGAUGGGCGUCGCGCACGUCUCAUGCCUGGUGCGCCAAGCGGAAGUGGCAAUGGAUGACGAGAUGUCGAGGUCGUGGGCGUCGACCCAAGAUAGAUUCCGCCUAUGGGAGUCGUGCCGGCUUUGUGGGAAGCGAUACCACGGAGACGUGCAACGCGCCAUGGGCUGGGCGUGCUGGCGGGCACAUCUUAGUAAGCAGCCGGCAGAUCACUUCGUUCGCCGAGCCGCCAUGGAUAUGCUCGCGGGCAGCUUAGCUGAAAAUGGUUUUCAUCAAGAAGCGCUCGACAUUUACGGGGCUUCCUUAGCCAUAGUUAAUCACCACAACCCUAGUCUUCUCACAGAUCGCCCGGCAAUCUCGUUUGACCUCGCACAAAGUUGCAUGGCUCUUCAGACCAACAUUGCAAACACCUUGAUGCUCCUUGGGCGGCAGGACGAGGCCAUUAGCCGCCACCGCAGGGUUCUUGCGGGAAAGGAAUUCAUGUUCAGAGAGGACGGAAUGCGCGGAGUUUUUACGCCCAUCGUCGCGCAGACCUGCGCAGAAGAUAAGCUUAUCUCAAUCCUCAACUUGUGUACCGCGUUGAUCGAACGCGAGCCGACGAGUGGGGCAAUGCUCCGCGAGGCAAGGUCGUUGCUGCGGGCGAAUAUGGCCGACGCACAACGCGUACUCGGGCCCAACUCCAAGUACCACGAGUACUCGUUUUCGUGGCGCGGGAACUAUGCGAGAUCCAUAUUUUUCGACGAGGAUGCCGACGAAGCCGACCUGCGCGAGGCGGGAGAGGUGGCGGACGCAGCCUAUGAGGCGGCGCGCCAGACCUUCGGCGAAGAUCACCCGCUUACGGAGAAGCUCGAGGGGUUAGUGUACGACUCCGAGCACUCGGACUCCGAGUCCACGGCCGACGGCGGCGCGCCCCCUGAGCCCGAUGCUGAUCAUGAUGUGGCCAGAACCAUGCAAGAUGAAAUCAAUGUAGACGAUGCUCGAGGGCGCCCGGAGUUCAACUAGUAAGCGCCGCGUCUCCAAGUUUAGGCUUGUCGCUGACGAGGCGGCCUAGAGGGCCCACGCCAUCGCCGCGAUAGACUACUUUUAUUUU